CCCACAGCUCAGCAGGCUCUGCUGGGCACCAGGCUGUCAGCAAGAGCAUGUCCCCAGCAUGGAUGCUUGUGCUGGAGCAGCUCUUCUGUUUAGGUGGGGUUGGUCAGGAGGCAGGCUGAACUAAGCCUGAAAGAUCCUCUUAUUCUGGACAAUAGUCACAUGAGUGCAGUGGCAGCCAUCAUCCUUAGGGACAUGCCAUGGCUGGAGGUGAUGGGAUGGGGCUGGCAGGGGAAACUGGGGAGCAUCCCCUCUGCUUGCCCUAGGCAGCCCUGCCACUUGCUGCCCUUGCAUCAUCUCAUGCACAAGCUGCUGAAACCAGGGGUGGCAGUGGGGUGUCUCCUCUUGCGUCUUCUCCUUUGGCUGGGAGCUGCGAUGUGGUCCUUGUAAUUUCCUCCCUGCUCUCUGGUGUCAGCUGCUUUGCCAGGGCUUUGUGCAAUUCCUUGGCUGCCCCACGCUGCCCCUUGCUAUCACUGUCCUGCCUCCUGUUCCAUUCCCCCUGCCAGCCCUUGCCAUCGGCCUUCAGGCUGCUCUGACCACUGGCCACUGUGUGCUUUGGAGGCUGGGGGUCCUGCAGGUGAAAGGGCACAGCACAGAGUUUUGGAGGGGCAGAGUGAUGCUGCAUCUCUGCUGGCCCUCAGGGGAGAGCUCUGUGGGGUGCAGAACACCUGGUUCCUGAGCACAUGGUGGGGGGUGCUCCUCAGGGGAUCCCGCCUUGGCCAGGGCUCAGGGCUGGCAGCUGCAGUGGGCCAGUGGGGCUGCUGCAUGCCUUCUAGGGGCCUGUGGACCCCUGUGGGAGGGUGUGGGUGCUGUCACAGGGUGCAGCACUUGUUGAAGACCUGCCCAGGGCCAGAUGGCAAAUGGGGGAGAGGAUGUGGUUCUGCCUCUGCCUGCCCCCUCACAGUCCCCAGCUGGUGCUGCCCUGUGCUGACGUGUUUGGCUGUGACUGUGCUGACUUUUCCCCUAGAUGUGUCCCUGCAGGUAACCAGGAUGUCCCAGCCUUUCUCCAAGUUCCGUCCACCCACCUGGCUGGUGACAGGGCGGGAGCAGGAUGCAGAUGGGAGCAUAGGAAGGCAUUGCGUGGUGGGGGACGAAGUUUUGGGGAGAUGGCUGCCUGAGCAGGGCUGUGUUUGUGGAUCUGUGGGUAAGGGAAGGGAUAUUGGUGGGAAAGGGAGCAGGAGGGAGCUGGGAUGGAAUCUGAUGGACUGGGGAGUCUUGUGAGGUGCAUGCAGAUUCUCUCAGUGCCUGUUUGCCUGCCCCUUCCCCACAGGGUUUGAGUCAACUGCCUUGCCAGGAUGAGCUGGAGUUUCCUGACACGGCUCCUGGAGGAGAUCAACAACCACUCAACCUUUGUAGGCAAGAUCUGGCUGACUGUCCUCAUUGUCUUCCGCAUCGUGCUGACAGCCGUGGGGGGUGAGUCCAUCUACUACGACGAGCAGAGCAAGUUUGUCUGCAACACACAGCAGCCGGGCUGUGAGAACGUCUGCUACGACGCUUUUGCCCCCCUCUCCCACGUCCGCUUCUGGAUCUUCCAGAUCAUCAUGGUGGCCACGCCAUCAGUGCUCUACCUGGGCUUUGCCAUGCACCGCAUCGCUCGCAUGCCUGAGUCCUCACGGCGCCGGACACCAGCAGCCCGGCGGGCUCGCAUGCCGGUGGUGCGCCGGGGAGCUGGGCGGGACUACGAGGAGGCAGAAGAUGAUAACGAAGAAGACCCCAUGAUCUUUGAGGAGAUCGAGGUGGAGAAGGAGAAGAGUCCAGACGGUGGAGAGAAGCAUGAUGGCCGGCGCCGCAUCAAGCAGGAUGGGCUGAUGCGUGCCUAUGUCCUGCACUUGCUGUGCCGCUCACUGCUAGAAAUGGUUUUCCUCUUUGGGCAGUACCUGCUGUACCGCUUUGAGGUGAGCCCCUCCUACGUCUGCAGCCGCAGCCCCUGCCCGCACACCGUCGACUGCUUUGUCUCCCGCCCCACCGAGAAGACCAUCUUCCUCCUCAUCAUGUAUGCUGUCAGUGGGCUCUGCCUCUUCCUCAACCUCUGCGAGCUUUUGCACCUUGGUGUAGGGCGCAUCCGUGAUGCCCUGAGCCAGUCUGGUGGCCCCCCGCUCCCAUCUGGUGACAGUCCUGCACCACAGUACCCCAAGAAAGCCCCCAGCGCACCCCCCACCUACCACUCGCUGAAGAAGGAGCUGCCACAAGCCCCACUGACCAACGGCAAGCUGGACUACCAGGAGAGCCUGGCCCAGGGGCGCUUCGCUCUGGCGGGGGCUCCCCCGGCACAUGAGCUGGACCGACUGCGUGAACAUCUGCGCCUGGCCCAGGAGCACCUGGAGGUGGCCUUCCAUCUCCAGCCCCCUCCGAGGCCCCCCAGCCCUGCCCGCAGCAGCAGUCCCGAGGCCAACGGCAUUGCUGCCGAGCAGAAUCGCCUCAACCUCGCCCACGAGAAGGGGACCACUGCCUGCGACAGGACCACGGGGCUGUGAGUGCCACCAGGGAUGACGGCGGUGACUGCUGGAGCGGCUGCCGCCGCCACCAUGGGACAGGCGUCCUGCCAGGAGCACGGGGUGGAGGAUGCCAUGUGCCUGCCCAGCAGGGCAGUCUGAGCAAGCCCUGUCCUGGUGGGCAGCAGAGGGGAUGGGGGCCAUGGGGUUCAUUCCUACUUAAUUUUCAAAAAGGGAAUAUCUUAUUUUUGUACAUUUUUAUAAACUCAUCAGCGUGUGCACCCUGGCAUUUUUAUACUCCAUCCUGAUAUCCCUUCUGGGCCUGUGCUCCCCCAUCUCCCAUUUCACCCUCUUUUCCUCCUCCCACACCCAUUUUCUGCAGCAUGUUCUCCUCACACCUCCCUGUGCCCCCCAUGCUAGCUGCCACCCACUGCAGCACCGGCCAGUGCUGUGCAUGUGUGGGUGAUGCUGGUGAUUUUGGUACUGCCCCCAAGGUGUGGGGCUUUAGGGGAGCAGGCUGGGGGUCUGGCUGGCUGGGCUGAGCUGUGGGACAGAGAGCUGGGCUGGCAUUACCCUUGAAGUGGAGGGGAUGGAAGGGGUCCUGGCAGCACUGCUGCCGGAAAGGGCCAGUAUGGCCAUGCUGCACAGCAUCCUGGCACGGGGCUGUGAGCUGUGAGCUGGCCUGCUCAGAAAUGUCUGUGCAGAGGUCAGGGGCUGUCCUUCCCGCUGUCUCCGCCCUGUCCUGGCAGGUCGCCCGUGGACCAAAACUCAUCUCCUCCCACUCUGCCUGCGGGGCUGGGACCCCCCACACAGAGCCAGACCCUGGCCCCACAGUGUGGGGACAUGGUGCCCCGAGCUGGGCUCGGCCAGGAGCCAGUGGAGCAUUUCUCAUCAUCUCAGCCUGGGUCACACGGGGACUUUUGUAGCGUUGUUUUUUACUCGGAAAUGAUUGUCACUCUGUUUUUCUUCCUUUUUUUUUUUUUAAUAUCUAUAUUAGUAAAGGCUGAAGACGUUUUGUACUGAA